UAUCUCCUACGCGUGCCUCUUCCCUUGAUUUCUCAGUCAGGUCAGCACCACUAUCAACCCAUUCCCACCAAUGAUAUCACAAAGCUCCUAACUCACUCCCUGGUUUUAUCUCUCGCCUGGACUCCUGCAACUCCCUCCUCAUUGGAUGACCUUUACAUAGGCUAUCCCCCCUCCAGUUCAUUAUAAAUGCUGCUGCCAGGCUCAUCCACCUUACCAACCAUUCAGUGUCUGCUAUCCCCCUCGGCCAAUGCCUCCACUGACCUCCGCUCAGUGUCCUCCACCCCUCUCUCUACCAAUCCCUCCACUGGUCUCCACUCUGUGUCCUCCACCCCUCUUUGCCAAUCCCUCCACUGGCCUCCAUUCAGUGUCCUCCAUCCCUCUCUGCCAAUCCCUCCACUGGCCUCCACUCAGUGUCCUCCACCCCUCUCUGCCAAUCCCUCCACUGGCUUCCACUCAGUGUCCUCCACCCCUCUCUUCCAAUCCCUCCACUGGUCUCCACUCUGUGUCCUCCACCCCUCUCUGCCAAUCCCUCCACUGGUCUCCACUCAGUGUCCUCCACCCCUCUCUGCCAAUCCCUCCACUGGCUUCCACUCAGUGUCCUCCACCCCUCUCUUCCAAUCCCUCCACUGGUCUCCACUCUGUGUCCUCCACCCCCCUCUCUGCCAAUCCCUCCACUGGUCUCCACUCAGUAUCCUCCACCCCUCUCUGCCAAUCCCUCCACUGGCUUCCACUCAGUGUCCUCCACCCCUCUCUUCCAAUCCCUCCCCUGGCCUCCACUCAGUGUCCUCCACCCCUCUCUUCCAAUCCCUCCACUGGCUUCCACUCAGUGUCCUCCACCCCUCUCUUCCAAUCCCUCCACUGGCUUCCACUCGCCCA